AAACCAGGGUGGCCAACACGAACGGCAGAAGUGCUGUGUGGAGAAUGGAGAGAUCAACAAGGCGCGAGGGGUAACAAGAUGCAAGGUGGUGCUCGAUGGGUCUGGCUGUCUAGCUCAGGCCCGAUAGGCGUGGUAGGACGGAGCGGGAGCUCGUCUGUUCGUAAUGCCGCAAUGUAACCCGGGGCGGGCUGGGCAGUGGGCACAAAUCUGAUGUCUGAAUUGUCCUAAGUUCAGUCCCUCGCCUUCGUUUCCGACUCUAAAGUUAUUGGGUGACCGUCUUCUCUCCCUUUGUCAUCCAUCCAGCAUCCUCUGCUGCUAAUGACAAGACCAUCAUGGCGUCGGCCUUUCGUGAAGACACCUCACAUUAUGAGCCUACCAGCCCUACCGCCUCUGUACAUGGCGGUAGAGGUGAAGCUGGCGAUCAGACAGCGAAUGUCCCUGGCAGUCAGAGUGGUGAGAGCUCUUCGGACGAUCAUGUUACGGAGAAGACUCCAGUGGCCGCGCCUCUUACGAAGAAGCAGAAGUUCAAGCGUCACUGUGGGCGCUUCUGGUGGUGGUAUCUCAUAGGAUUUGUUAUUUUCCUCGCCAUAUUCCUACCAAUCCUGUAGGUACCGUGCCAACCGGGAGAGCGUAUCGGUCUGCUAAUAAUAGGACUCAGGUUUCUGGUAAUUAUCCCAGCUAUCGUGCAGCGCAUAUUGAAUAACCAGACAAUGCCCGUGACUGGAGGGGCAUUCAUAGCUAUAACGCCGGAAAAGCUCAAUAUAUCUAUCACCACGUCUCUCGAUACGCCUCUACCAGCAGAUAUAGAUCCAGUAACUCUAUUCAUGUAUAAUCACGAGAGGCCCGAUAACCCUUUUUGUAACAUUACUCUGCCACCCCUACACGUGGAUGGAGAAACGGAAAUAGUUGUUACCGAUCAGACCGUCACGAUAACCAACGAGACCGAGCUUGUCUCUUGGUUUAGUAACGUAUUUGAUCAGCCGAAGGUCACCUUAUCUACUCGCGGUGAUGCCAAGAUCCACCUAGGGGCUCUCCAUUCAGACGGGCAUAUCGACAAGACCGUCGAGGUUAACUCCCUAAACAAGCUGGAUGGGUUUGCGAUUGAACAUAUGCAGCUUCUGUAUCCAGCCCUGGAAAACGGAACCAACAUUCAAGGCUCUCUGAACUUGCCGAACUGGGGUGCGCUUACUCUCGGUAUCGGCAACCUAUCGCUCAACCUGAUGGCCGGCGAUGUCAGAAUUGGGCUGGUUACCGUUUACGAGGUUCUCCUCCCUCCAGGAAACAAUUCCAGGUAUUUCAACGGCGAGCUUUACCUAGAUGUGCUCAUGCAAAACCUUGGGACGGUACUUUCCACCCAGUCUGGCCCGCUGAACGACGGGAACAUCCAGAUCGAUGCGACGGGCAACGCGACCGUCGUCAACGGCCAACACAUUAGAUUCAUCGAGGCAGUUCUCAAUCACAGGCGCGUGACGUCCACAAUCCCGGUAACCAAGCUGAUGGGCGACCUUAUCGGCAGCUUCACGAACGGCAGCCAAGUUAGCAUACCCGACAUACUCGACGAUGUGUUCGGUAACUCAACCCUUAUCCAAGAAGUCUUGAGCCACUGGAAUUCGACACGUAACGAUAAAGGAGCGAAUAUGAAGAGAUCGUUGUCGUCUGUGGGUCGAGGCGUCUUUGGGUCAAGCGCGUUGACGCUGCUCAAGUUGGGUAUGAAGAUGAAGAUGGGCAAAUAUUAAGGGGAGGGCGCUCUAACGCGUCUAAUGCCUGCUACGCAGUCUUCCAUAGUUAGCGAUGACCAGUUACGAUGACAGGUAGUUAAUGUCUCACGAAUAUAAUGCCAUUUAUAAGA